AUGACUUCUUCCAAGUUCUCAUCUAACAGACCGAUACCUGCGAUCACUCUUCAAUUGGCUACCGACGAUCAGAGCGCACAGUACAGUCAAGCGCUACCUCAUGGCGGUUUCGAGGAGCUCAAAGAAGCGGCAAACGAAGACAGGGACCUCAAAAUACGUAUCCGGAAAUUACGCGUCAUAUCGCGCACCCUCGCUCUCUUCAUCUCUAUCGCAGUUCUCGUCCUCACGGCCCUUACACUGCACAAGUUCCUCAGCACACGCAGUAUCCACCGCGUUGUCCGACUACCCAGUGGCGAGAACAUCUUACGCACGCCCUGGGCGAAGAAUACACGGGCAUGGCCAACGUACAUGUACUUUGGCGUCGCGGCCGUCUCCGUACUGCUCAACUUCGCAACGAUCUUUUCGUACAAGUGUGGUAUCGAACAGGCUAAUGUAGCCGCUGUUGUCACGAGUACCUUUAGCUGGGUCAAUAUGCUGGGGAACUUCAUUGUGUGGUGUGUAGCCGCUACUGUGUAUCGCACCGAGAAAGAUAAAAAUGGAAAGAGCGAUGAUCUUUGGGGCUGGACGUGUAGUUCUGGUGCGAGGGCAAUCCAAAAAGAGUUCGUGGGCGACAUUAACUUUAGCAGCUAUUGUAAUGUGCAGGAGGAGGAAGACGAAGAAGGCGGUGGAGCAGAGGCUGAAAAUGCAUGGCCUCGAGCCGAGUAG